CUGCCUUGAUGGAUUAUACACUGGAGCCCAAUGUGACCACAGUAACCGACUACUACUAUCCUGAUGUCAUCGCAAGCCCCUGUGAUGGGGAACUUAUCCAAAGAGAUAACAAGUUGCUUCUUGCUGUCUUUUACUGUGUCUUGUUCGUAUUUGGUCUUCUGGGAAACAGCCUGGUCAUCCUUGUCCUUGUCGCCUGCAAGAAGCUGAGGAGCAUCACCGACAUAUACCUCUUAAACCUGGCCCUGUCUGACUUGCUUUUUGUCUUCUCCUUCCCCUUCCAAACCUACUAUCAGCUGGACCAGUGGGUGUUUGGGACUGUAAUGUGCAAGGUGGUCUCUGGUUUUUAUUACAUUGGCUUCUUCAGCAGCAUGUUCUUUAUCACCCUCAUGAGUGUGGACAGGUACCUGGCAAUCGUCCAUGCUGUCUAUGCCAUGAAAGUGAGGACAGCCAGGAUGGGCACAGCCCUCAGUCUGGCCGUGUGGCUGAUUGCCAUCAUGGCCACCAGCCCAUUACUAGUACUGUACCAAGUGGCCUCUGAAGAUGGCAUUCUACAGUGUUAUUCAUCUUACAAUCAACAGACUCUGAAGUGGAAGAUCUCCAUCCACUUUGAAAUGAAUAUCUUAGGUCUGUUGAUCCCAUUCACCAUCCUCAUGUUCUGCUACAUUAGCAUCCUGCACCAGCUGAAGAGUUGCCAAAAUCACAACAAGACCAAGGCCAUCAAGUUGGUGCUCAUUGUGGUGAUUGCAUCUUUACUCUUCUGGGUCCCAUUCAAUGUGGUCCUCUUCCUCACAUCUCUGCUCAACAUGAACAUCUUGGAUGGAUGUGUCCUGAGCCAGCGGCUGAUUUAUGCCACCCACGUCACAGAAACCAUUUCCUUCACUCACUGCUGUGUGAACCCUGUGAUCUAUGCUUUCAUGGGUGAGAAGUUCAAGAAACACCUCUCAGAAAUAUUCCGGAAGAUUUCCAAUCAUAUUCUCUUCUUCAUAGGAAGACAAAUACCUAGGGAGGGCUGGGAAAGAUCCCCCUCCUCCUGUCAGAACCCCCCCCGUUCCUCCAGCACAGACUACAUUUUGUGA